AUGAUCAAUUUGUUUUAUAAUAAAUUGUCACAAAAGUUGGUUUAACUGAUUAUUAUUUAACUUAAACUAAAGUUUAGUAUACUGGUAAUGGAUUAUAUAAGUAAAAACUCCAGCCCAAGAUAAUUAAUAAUCUAAUAAAAGUUGAAAUUGCUUAGAGUUAAGCAAAAUUAAAGUUUGCUUCAGAUAUAGUAAUCAAAUAAUGAAGAAAUAUUAGAAUUAGUUUAAACUGUGUAUGGUGCAGUCUGUCAUGAGAUCAACUUAAUAGAUUGAAUGUAUCUAAGCUGAAGAAUCAUGUAACACUUGUAAUUAGAAUGUGAUAUAACUGGAUUUGCUCAUGAUGGUAGAAAAGAAUGUUCAGC